AUGAUUCCUGGCAUCUACCAGCGUGACAAAAAGAUCGUUGUCAUCGACAAAUCUGACCCAAACUCCGUUCAGGAUUACAUCAAGUACGACCUCGACGUCUCUCGCCUCAACGAAAUCCACAAACAUCUCUGGCUAGCCGGUCUCCCCCAAGUGUCUCGAGCUCUGCACAACCAAGUCAGGGUUGGCCGCCAGAUUCACAUCACAGAGAGGGCAGACCUGCACCUCGUCUGGCGGGACAACAUCCUCUACCUGAAGCCGCUGCCAGAUUACCUCCUGAGCCACUCUUUCUGGAAUAACAUCUUCUGCACGAACCGCGAACUCUAUGAAAGCGCCAAGGGAUUCCUCUAUUCCUACACCUGGCUGAUAUGCAGCAAAAGCGACUUACGCAUUGCGCAUGAGCAGGGACUGGUAUCAAGGGACGUCCGAUGGGAGCAAUGGGCACCCUUUUCCGCGGCUGUUGUCUCUAACAUCAGUCCGGACCUAUGCGGUGUCAAUCCGAGGUACAUCUACGGCGAACUGCGUCUCACGAGGUUGAACCUGAUAUGCCGAUUCUGCUCAAAGACUUUUUCCUUCGGCACCCUCAUCCGAGGCUACGAAUACGGCUACCGGCAGUACUCGACGUACUUGGAGAGGAACUUCCGAUGGGUCCUGACGGCGUUCAUCUACAUCACCGUUGUGCUGUCCGCCAUGCAGGUGGGCUUGGCCACGAGCGAGCUGGUCGAUAACAGGGUGUUUAACCGCGCCUCGUACAUCUUCAGCAUGUUUUCUAUCCUGGCUCCCGUUAUAUCCCUGUUUGUGGGGGCGCUGUUUAUUGUGAUUCUCGUCUUGGUGAAUGUUCGGUAUGCGCUGGAUCGGAGGACGGAUUCGCGGAGAGAAUUUGAGGGGGCGUUUGCGAAUGAGUCUGUGAAGAGGCAUGCUUUUUGA